AUGGUGACGGACGUGCAGCUGGCCAUAUUUGCCAACAUGCUUGGUGUGUCUUUGUUCCUCCUGGUUGUGUUAUACCACUAUGUGGCUGUCAACAACCCCAAAAAGCAGGACUAGUCAUCCAGGGUGUCUUCCUGAGGACGACUGCAGAUGCAAGUCAGAUGGGGAAAAGAUGCUACCACCAUGGAACCAACAUUCCAGCCCGUCUUCGUUGCAGAUUUUCAUUGUUAAAAUUGCACAUUAGGUUUCUUUUUUAAAUAAAAAAAAAAUGCCACACUA